GUGUUUCCUGUUUGACGUUCUCAUUCGUAAAGAUGGCAGAAGUGAAGGCAUAUUUGACUUGUGGAGUAAUCGCAACGACUUUUUUGAGUUCGGUGGUUUUCGCAUUUGUCGAGGAUCUCGAUGACAAGUUCAAAAAUAACCGAAUGGACGACGUUUGGUUGGUGGACUUCUAUGCACCCUGGUGCGGAUACUGCAAGAAACUGGAACCAAUCUGGUAUGAGGUGGGGGCGGAGUUAAAGAAUUCUGGAUCACCGGUCAGAGUAGGCAAGAUGGAUGCCACUGCAUACUCUGGUAUUGCAUCAGAAUUUGGAGUACGAGGAUACCCCACGAUAAAACUGCUAAAGGGGGAUCUAGCAUAUAAUUAUAAAGGUCCCAGAACCAAGGAAGACAUAAUUGAUUUUGCCAACAGAGUUGCUGGACCCUCGGUGCGAUCCCUCCCAAGCAAACAGAUGUUCGAACAUGUCCUGAAGAGGCACGACGUCUUGUUUGUGUACAUAGGGGGAGAGUCACCGCUUAAGGAGAAGUAUAUAGACGUGGCUUCCGAGCUUAUUGUAUACACCUACUUCUUCUCUGCUUCUGAAGACGUCUUGCCAGAGUCUGUGAGGGUGCCUGAGCUGCCCUGUGUAGUCGUCUUCAAGGACAGCACCUACUUCACCUACGACGAGUAUGAAGAUGGCAGCUUGUCUUCAUGGGUGAACAGGGAACGUUUCCAAAGUUACCUGCAGAUUGACGGCUUCACCCUCUAUGAACUAGGAGAGACUGGUAAACUGGUGGCAAUUGCGGUCAUUGAUGAAAAGGAUCCUACAGAGCAAAGCGGGAGGUUAAAGAGCCUUAUACAGAAAAUCUCCACUGAAUACAGAGAAGACUUCAACAGGGAUUUCCAGUUUGGCCACAUGGAUGGAAGUGACUACAUCAACAGCCUCAUCAUGGGAGAGGUGUCCGUGCCCUCCGUCAUCAUCCUCAACACGUCCAAUGAACAGUACUUCCUGCCCAGUGAGCCGGUGGAGAGUGUGGAGCAGCUCGUCAUUUUUAUCCGAAGCGUCCUGGAUGGCAGUGCACAGGCCUACGGAGGCGAUGGAAUUUUCCAGAAAAUCAGGCGCGUGGCCUACGAUGCCAGAUCCACCAUCAUGUCCGUGUUCCGCAGUUCCCCGUUGCUGGGCUGCUUCCUGUUCGGCCUGCCGCUGGGUGUCAUUAGCCUCAUGUGCUACGGGAUCUGCACGGCCGAGUCUGACGACAGCGAGCUGAUGAAGAGGGAGGGGCUCACGGAUGAGGAGGAGGAGGAAGAGGAGGAGGAGGAGGAGGAGGAGGAGAGGCGGCGUCAGGCUGGCAAGCUUGAGGCGCCCAGGGACGAGAACGUGGGGGACUCGGAGGCAGAAGAAAAAACUGCAACCGAGAAAAAGCUUGAUUAACCCAGGGGAGGCGUGCGUGUGAUGAGAGGCCGAUGCCACAGACCUAGUCCUUAAACACAUAUCAGUGUGUGGUGGUUUUUGGUUUUUUUAAUUAUUAUUCCUCACUUUUAUUUUUUUGGUAAAUACUUCUGCCCCCCAGUUUACUGCUGUGGGGAUUAGGAGAUCUGUUUUGAAACAUUUCUUUGAAUGUCUUUGUCUUUCCUAUUUAUGAGAGUUGUGGACUUAUGAGGACAGGAGAUGUAAAAUCUUUAAAAAUCUUGUUUGGUUUAAGGGUUUUCUUGAAGGGAACAUGAAUGGGUGUUGUUUGGGGGAGAGGUGGGAAAAUGAAGCCAAAUAUCUGGACUAGCGGCUUUAUCUUAAACGGCCAUCCUUUGGAGUCCACCCUCGUUUACCACUUGUUUAGCUGUUAGACAAGAACUAGUUUAUCCUCAAAUAUACUGUGCACUUUGCUCCUGUCGUAUGUGCGGUGCUGUUCAAAACACCCUUUUUCUGCAGUUUUAGCUUUGAGCGUCUCUUUAUUUAUCAGAAAUAUUUGUUGCCAAAUUUAACUGGUCUUCUUUUGCAAGGAAUUUAAAGUACAUUGGUACAUUGACAGCCUCUGAUAGAUCAUAUUUUUUAUAUAGUAGAUUGCAAUCACACGACUACUGUAGUCAGUUGUUGGACCACGUUACCUAUAGCCAGGCUUGCCUCCAGGGCUGAUUAGCCUCAGUCCCCAGUAUUGUCUGGAAUAUAUGCACAUUUUACCCUUUCAGAUGUGCAGAAUGCUGGAAAGGGUUAAGAGGAUAUGAGGACAUUUCAAAUGUAGUGAAAUCUUUCCUCCAAUGAAAUCAUAUACCCAGGUAUUAUUCAAAGACCACUGGAGAGCUAAUUGAACAGCCUGAUUUCUAUCCAUGUAUGGUGUCUGGAUCACAUUGCAUCCCCACUCGGUUCCACUAAGAAAUUACUUCAGAUUAAGAUGCCAUUGUGGAAUGAAUGAUGAGUCUAGAAACUGAAAUGAACGAUAUACUCCAAAUCUCAAGUCUUUGGCAAGCAGGAAGGCCAAAACUACUCCAGACUUUAGCCUCCUUGUUCCUGAAGAAGCUAAACUGCUUUCAAGCAAAUGCUUGCAUCUGCUUGAUAUCAGGUUCCUAUUUGGUCUGUGCAUUGAUGGGAUUUGGAGCAAGAACAAUGCUGCAGUUUGACAAAUGAGCUAGGAUGUUCAGGAGUGCUGAUUUAAUAACACAAAUAUGCCAUUGUGAAAUCUAGGCUAAUUAUCCUCAUGUAAUGUCUAGUAGUAAUAAGAUCUUACAAUGAUCAUAAAAUCUAAUUUCUGUGUAAGGAAGGAAUCCAUUUCCAUCUUCUUUCUUUGGCUGUAUGCAGCAUUUUAUGGCAUGCCACUAUUUGUGUUCUCUUGAAUAUGGAAUGAGUUUACGACAUUACUUAUUUGAAACAUUUUCAAAUAUAGAAUAUAAAUAUAGACCUCUAUGAGUCUGAAAUAUUUUUGAGCAACUCCUUGAAUCUUUGAGGCAGGGUGGUAUGAGUCUUUCCCCUUUACAAUACAUAACUACCUAGUGAGUGAACUAAGAAGACCUAGAAUUUUGCUGAAUUUUGAAAUUAAAUCCCAAUAGCCAAAACAAAAGUGGGUAAUAUGAUCUGGCUCUUUGGACAAUGCCUUUUGAAAUGUUUGCCAACUUAGAAUCAGCACUGAAUUCUGCCUUGCAAAGCAUGUAGCAGUUCAAUAUGCUUUUUUUUUCUGUCAGAAUACUAGUGACGGCCGAUAAAUGUUUGAAAUUGAUUUUUGGGUAGAAUUGCCCUUUUAUAGGUUUAGAUAUGUUGUCCUCUUUCUUUUAUCUGUUGGGUUUGUUGAUUAGAAAUAAGUUCUCACCCUGCAAUGCACUGCAAUUAAAAGAUGUUUAUGCACUGAAAAUAUCGGUAAUGUGAUUGAUUAGUUGUUAGGUCACACGAACAUUUUGACCAAAAAAUCUAAUCUAUAUGGCUUCUUUUCAUACACAGGACAAUGGUGCAAGCUGCUGAGUCCAUAUAUGGUUUCUGUAUUUCUGCAGUAGAUCUAGAAGACUGAUGUUGCAAACAGAUUGAAAGGCAACUAGUCUGGUGCAAAUGUCAAUUAUAUAUUUGACUAGCAUUAUAAGUAGCAUAAGGUUAAAAAAAUGUAAAAAUGAAGCAAGGGAAUUGUUACACAAUAGCAUUUAAAAUGUUGCUAUAAGCCAGUUGACAGUUAAUAAAUAAGACAAAUCUUUUCAAUAUUAUACAGAAUGAGAUUUUGUGGUAUAACCUUGAAAUUUCUAUAGUUAUUUAAAAGCUGGCUUAAUGUAAAUCAACAAAUGGAAAAUCAUGUAACUCAUUUAUGGUUGGAUUGGUACCAUAACCUUUAUCUCUUUUCAUACAGAGUGCAAAAAUAAAGACCUAUUGUUAAAACCAUAAAGGAUGGCAGGGUAGAUCGUGUGUGUGUGUGUGUGUGUGUGUGUGUGUGUGUAAAAGACAUUUAAAAAUAUGAUUUUAAAGCGUAUAACAAGAUGGUUUAAGGAACCAAAUGAAGUUUGUUAUAAAUAACUGUGAAGUCUGUGCCUCUGUUAUAUGAUGGAACUACUCUUGCUGUAAGUUAGGCCUCUUGCCUAACAAUUUCUUCCUGUAAGAACCACAUGAAAUACCAUGACAUUUUUCUAGCAACUUUUCCAAACUCGUACUAGUAUGCAACCUAAAUGCUCAUAUUACUUUUUUGUGAUGUUUAUUUUCAUUUGUGUUAGUAAUUGUGUAUGCUUUAUAAAAGGCUUUGCAUCAUUA